CGGAAACGAAACUGUGGGAUGAAUGAGAACAACAACAGUCGUACAUGCGCCAUUUAAAGUCGGUUUUAAUUUAAUAUGGGGAUUACAAAGUUAGCGAAACUAAUUGAUGAUGACGCGUCAGCGUCUAUACGCAAAAAAGAGAUCGGCGAUUAUUCUGGAAAGAUCAUUGCACUGGAUACAUCUAUUGUGGUGAAUCAGUUUCGCUCGGCUCUCCCCAGUCAUCUGCAGCUAAGCCCUCUCACUGGCUUGUUUUACCGCACUCUUACUUUCCUGGAGCAUGGCAUCAAGCCUGUCUUUGUACUUGAUGGCAGACCACCUAAUCAAAAGAGAGCCGUGCUGGAGAAAAGAGCUGAAAGCACAGGCUGGAACAGCUUAAAGAGCUCCAACACAGUGUCCAACUUUAAACAGGAAUGCCUGCGUCUCCUGCAGCUCAUGGGUGUGCCAUGCAUCAAGGCUCCAGGUGAAGCAGAGGCGCUGUGUGCCCACCUGGUCAAAAGUGGCACAGUUAAUGCUGUAGCUUCAGAGGAUAUGGACACGCUGGCGUUUGGAGGGACCUUUCUGCUCCGCCAGCUCAAUGCAAAGAGAGACAGUGAGGUCACAGAGUACUCCUUACCAAAGCUGUUGGAAGUUCUACAGCUCACAUACGAAGAGUUUGUUGACCUGUGUAUCUUGCUGGGCUGUGACUACUGCGAUAAGAUUGGGGGUCUUGGGCCGAGUCGAGCACUGAAGCUUAUUAAACAACAUCGUACAAUAGAGGGUGUGAUGGAACAUGUCAACAGAAAGACACACCCCAUCCCCCUAAACUGGCAAUACAAAGAUGCCCGUAAGCUGUUUUUUGAAACUCCGAAAAUCGACGACCCUGUCCUGGCCUGGAGUGAGCCUGAUGAAGAGGGUCUGGUGCAGUUCCUGUGCAGAGAGAGGACUGUGAAUGAAGAAAGGGUGCGGGGACGCAUGAAGAAGUUUCGUGAGUCUCUCUUAAAGAGAAGGAAGCAGAGGGAGGCGGAUGAGAAAAUGGGCCCAACUAGACAGUCACGUCUUGAAGAAUUUUUCCCUGCGACACGGAAGAGAAAGGCUGUGUCUGCAGCUGUGGAAGCAUCCGGUGGGAGAAAGCGAUCAAAAAUUAAAUAAGAAGAAUCAUGAAUCUAAAAGUGUUGAUCAAAGCAUCAUGUGGAAGAGUCAGAUGUUGUAAUGGCAUGGAUCUGUUUUAGAUGCUUAUUUUACUAAGUUUUUAUUUAGCUCAAAUGCAACAUAAUGUAAAACCAGUGCCAAGAAAAGAUAUAUUUUUAAUGUUUUUGUAUCAUGUAACCUACAAAAAAAUGUCUGGGAGCCUGUAUUAAAUUACAGUAAACUUCUUUUUAUUUCUAAAAGUA